GGUUAUAUUUUUUGUAUUUGUAGAGACAAUAGGCACGUGUAGUAAGUAAUUUAUUAAUUAUAGCCCCAAAAAUGAGUUCUAGUGAUUCUGAAUUAAGUGAAAGCGAUGCUGAGCUACAACAAGCAUUUGUUGAUGGUAAACUUAAACCAGGCUUGAAUAUAGUAGAAACUCCAAAGGAAUUUGUUAAUAAUGUGAGUGGACUUAAACAAAAGUUGGAGGAAUUCAAACUGAAACUGUCCUGGAUAGAACAACUCGACUGUGUUAAUAAACAAGCUCCACUAGCUCCAGAAUUAGCAGCACAAAUGUUAACUCAAGAGCAACAGAGAGAAAGUCAACUGAAGAACAAUAAAAAAUUACCACAAUAUACACCUAGUGAAGACCCAGUAUUAAACGAUUUUAAAAGGGAAAUGACUUUUCAUAGGCAAGCUCAAGCUGCUGUAACUGAAGCUAUUCCAAGAUUAAAAGCUAUGGGAAUAGCUACCAAAAGACCUGAUGAUUACUUUGCCGAGAUGGCAAAAACAGAUGCACAUAUGCAGAAAAUUAGGGAACAUUUAAUGAAAAAGCAAGAACAACAAAAGAGAAGUGAAAGAGUAAAACAGUUACGGCAGCAACGAAAGCAAGGAAAAUUACUACAAAUUCAGACUAAACUGCAAAGACAGCAAGAGAAAAAAGAAAUACUUGAACAAGUUAAAAAAGUACGCAAAGGAAUUUCUAAGAAUCUGGAUUUCCUCGAUGGAAAACAAAAUAAAGCCGUGUCUAAAAAAGCAGUGGAAAAAAGGAAAAUGAAAAAUAAGAAAUUUGGCUUUGGGGGGAAGAAAAAAGGAAUGAAAGCAAAUACAAAGGACAGUGCAGCAGACAUUAGUGAAUAUAAAAGACCUAACAAGAACAUGGGGAAGGGUAAAAUGAAGUCUCAAAAUAAAAAUAGACCAGGAAAAAAUAGGCGAAUUAAGAAUAAAUCAAGAGGGAAAAAUAAUCAUGUAACUUAUAAAAUAUAAAUACGAAUGCUGUGAGUUCCGAUACAAAUGUGAGAUGCAUCAACUGAUAUGAAAUUUGUUUAGAACCAUACAUGUAAUAAAUUUUAACAAAUUUGUUAA